AUGAGCUCGAUCACCGUACUUACCUUUUCGUUUAUUGCCUCAGCAGUGGGAACUACUUUUGAACCCGAUCCCAAUGGAUACGUCGUCUUCUGCCCAUGUAUGGGGCGAUUCGGGAAUCAAGUCGACCAACUACUUGGCGUUAUGCAGUUUACUAGAUAUCUCGAUAGAACUUUAGUAUUGCCAUAUUUCAUCGAAUACCCCUUCCCGAAUACGGUCAUGGUACCUUUCGAGAGUGUUUUUCAAGUGGCUGAGGCCAAAAAAUAUGUGAGAGCGAUAACAAUGGGAGUUUUCCAACGUGAAGUCAUGCCCGUAUUAUGGCCAAAAGAAAAUAGAACUGCGGUGUGUUGGAGCCCUCGAAAGUCGAUUUAUGACGAGAGUGCUCCUGUCGGAUGCCAAGCCAAGGAAGGAAAUCCCUUUGGCCCAUACUGGGACAAGGUUGGAGUUUCUUUCGCUCAUGACGCCUAUUAUGGAGACUUGCCGGGCGCCUAUGACUUGACGGCGCGCGGAUCGAAGGCAGCUUGGCUUGAAAGAUUUCCUCCAUCUGAAUUUCCUGUGUUGGCAUUUCCGUCACCUCCAGCUGCUUUUCCAUCGCGUCCAGGUGUCUGGGAACUGCAAAGAUAUCUCAAAUGGUCAUCACGUAUUAUGAGCAAAGCGACCAAGUUCAUCAACGAAAAGCUUUCUCGCCCUUUUGUAGGCAUACAUCUCCGUAACGACAAGGACUGGGUGAUCGACUGGGUUGGAAAAAUCGGUGCACGUUCGGUAUUCGUAGCUAGUGAUAAGGACCACAUGAUUGAGACUUUGAAUGAGGCUCUCAAUGCUUAUGAGGUAAAGGCUUAUCGACUGAAUCCUGACGAUGCGUUGGUGUCAUUAGCGAUUCUUGGUCAAUCAGACCAUUUCAUCGGAAACUGUGUGUCAACAUUCUCCCAUAUUGUUCGACGGGAAAGAAAUGUCAGCAAACCACCCAAACCAACCUCAUACUUUGGUAUCAAAGGUCAGGAGCGACGGAUCGAGCUAUAG